GCUGGGCGCCCGCUGCUCGGGUGACGACUCUACUCCGCCCCGGUCAACACCGUCCCAGGUCCCUGUCCCCGACGUUGCGUCCUUUCCUUGGCUUCUCCUCGCCCCGCGCCUUUCUCCGCGUCCGCGCGGCCCCGGCUUGUCCACCGCCACCUUCCCUGGGCUCCCUCCCGCCCCCCUAGUUCCUCGCCUCCAACUCCCUCCCCCCUCACUCCCGCCCUCUGCCUUCGCCUACCAAAGUGGAUUAAUUAUACGCUUUCUGUUUCUCUCCGUGCUGUUCUCUCCCGCUGUGAGCCUGCCCGCCUCUCGCUGUCCUCUCUCCCUCUUGCCCUGUCUUUGCUCCCCCCACCCGCGUUUCCCGUUCACUCUGUCUCUCUCACUAUCUCUGCCCCCCUCUAUCCUCGGUACAACAGCUGACCUCAUUUCCCGAUACCCUUUCCCCCCCUAAAAGUACAACAUCUGGCCCGCCCCAGCCCGAAGACAGCCCGUCCUCCCUAAAGAAGCAGAAGAGUCCCCCCCCAAAAUAAGCCAUCCCCCCGUUCUGCCCCGUCGCACAUUCGGCCCCCGCGACCCGGCCAGAGCGGCGCUGGCAGAGGAGUGUCCGGCAGGAGGGCCAACGCCCGCUGUUCGGUUUGCGAUAACGCAGCAGGGAGGUGGGCGGCAGCGUCGCCGGCUUCCAGAUACCAAUGGGGAUUUCAAUGGGGAAGUCGAUGUUGGUGCUACUCACCUUCUUGGCCUUCGCCUCGUGCUGCAUUGCUGCUUACCGCCCCAGUGAGACCCUGUGCGGCGGGGAGCUGGUGGACACCCUCCAGUUUGUCUGUGGGGACCGCGGCUUCUACUUCAGCAGACCCGCAAGCCGUGUGAGCCGUCGCAGCCGUGGCAUUGUUGAAGAGUGCUGCUUCCGAAGCUGUGACCUGGCCCUUCUGGAGACCUACUGUGCCACCCCCGCCAAGUCCGAGAGGGACGUGUCGUCCUCUCCGACCGUGCUUCCGGACAAUUUCCCCAGAUACCCCGUGGGCAAGUUUUUCCAAUAUGACACCUGGAGACAGUCUACUCAGCGCCUUCGAAGAGGGCUGCCUGCCCUCCUGCGUGCUCGUCGGGGUCGUAUGCUCUCCAGGGAGCUUGAAGCAUUGAGAGAGGCCAAGCGUCAUCAUCCCCUGACCGUCCUGACCUCCAAAGACCCCGCCCACGGGGAUGAUACCUCUUCGGAGAAGCCCAGCGACCAGAAGUGAGCCAAAUUAUCGUAAUUCUGCAAUGUGUACCAUCGCACUCGUGACCUCCUCUUGACCAGGGACAUUUCCAUCACGUCCCACCUCUAAGAUUUCUCUGUUCCAUUUCCACCCCGGAGGGCUUCCCUGCCCCCAGCCCCUGUGCCCUGCCUCCUCACAUCAGGCUGCUCUCUUCGCCCCGCUCCACCAGGCUGAGGGAGUCAGAGCAACAUCUUCAAAGAUAAAACCCCUUAGAUUUAAACAUCCUCCACAUACACCCUCUCUCAAUUACCCCCCCAAAUUCUAUAUGCACAUCAAAACAGUUGAAAAGCCCUAAAUCUCUCUCACACACACACCAGCCCCCUUAAAACGAAUUGGCUUUUUAGAAACACUAAUUAGCCUUUUUAAAAAACCUAAAAAGUCAAUUGGCUAAAAAGAUACUAAAAAGGAACUGGCUUAGAAACAACUGGAAAAAUAAAGGGAUUUGGCACACCUUUCCCCCUUCCUUCCCGCUUUGGAUCUUGAGUCAGUUGGCUUGGACUUGGGUCCCUGAACCAGUCCAAGGGAGGAAGGGGCCCCAGAAGUUUGCAGGUGGGCAUGCCAGUGCUUCUGCACCAUUGCCCUGCUCAUCGCUUUUGAGCACUUUUGAUGUUGGCUGCCCAAGACCAGCAGCCACCAGACUCAUUCCUCACUCAUUGUCUAUCACAGGAGCCAUCAGGGAGCUGAGCGGAGGGACCCAUUGAGAUCAGAGGAGGAGAACAACAAGAAAACCCAUAUCCCUGAAAAUAAGGUUUAAUUGGCACUAACCCUCACCCCUCAAAUUCUUACAUCUUAAUCCCUACCCUAGAAAGCACACAUUGUCCCUACAGCUACACAUAUACACACAUGCAUGCCCACAUGUGCACCCACCCCACGUACCUGCACACAUAUAUACAUAUACACUCACACAUGCGCGCACACACACACACACAUACACACACAUGCAAUUGGAUGAAAGCAUUAAAAAUAAGCAAAUCUCACUUCGGACCCAUUUCAUGCAGAUCAGGCAGAGUUCCAUCCCAAAUUCCCUGAACUGUUUUCAUGAUUUGAGUUCCCAUGAGCCACCGUGCUCCCCAGACCCCUGCCAGCAUCGAUAGCUACCCAGAGUGAGGAAUGGGUUUGGCCAGAUCAGAGAUGGUGUUGGGAAGCAGGGCGUGCUUUGGAGUAGCCUGCCCCCGAGUGUGCUCCAGGGAGAAAGAUCUGGGGAUCCCCCAUCCUGAGCACCAGAGGUCAUCUUUGCCCUGAUAGUGGGGAGUGUGGGAAGUCUGGCGGUUGGAGGGGUGGGUGGGGGGCACUGGGGGCUGGGUGGGGGGAGGCUCUGGGGUAGAAGGUGGUCCUGGGAGAUUUUGGAUGUUAGAAUCAGGAGGAGAAACGCCUAAACUUGCAGAAUUACCCACAGUAAUCAGGAGCCCAAAUUUAACAUCAAUUGAUCUAUUUCCCCCUUCGUUUCUUGGGGCAUAUUUCCUUUUUUUUUUUUGUCUUCUUUUUUUUUUUUAUUCAGUUAGCUUUUUAUGCGCUCAAAAACAAAUUACUAUACCCAUCCCCGAUGUAACAGGGGAGCAGUGACCCAAGUUAUAUGCACAAAACUACCAGUGUAAUCAUCAGUAUCACCACCACGUCCUGCUCUCCGCCAUUUAUCGCCCUUUGAUUUUUAAUCUGUUCCUGUCGCUUGGAUUGAGUUGAGAGUGGGGCCCCCGUAGGGUACCGGCCACAGUGCCCCACGGAGAAGUCAGGGGAAUCAAGAAGGCCGCUGCCUGGCCUGGUCUCCGGGGAUGGUGGCUGGUCCCUGGAGGCCUUGAGUGGUGGAGGAGGGGGCUGGGCGGUGUCUCCUCGGGUGUCAGGAGGGUGCUCGGAGGCCACAAAGAUGGGGCCCUCAGCUGGCCUGCAGCCAGCCGAGGGGGAAGGGACUGUGGAUGUGUGAGCAGAGACUCCGUCGGGCAGGAGCAAGUGGCCGCCUUCCACACACCUGGGGAGCCCUCCCCCCCCUUUGGCGAUACCUUGUCCACCCCUUGGCACCCACCUUGUCCAUAGGAGGCCUGGGGCUCUGCAGAACCUCCUCUGGGCAGAGCGGGAUGAGGUCAGGAAGUUGGGGAAGCCAGAAAGUUUUGAACCUGCAGAGCGCAAGAGCUUGCCAUUGAGUGGGGUCGCUUGGGCCCCGAGGCCUUUGGGUCUGGCAAUGCCAUGGUAGCCACACCAUGGUGCCUAGGACUGUGCGGGGAACCGGGCGGCUGGGUGGUUUGUCUACCUCACCCCCCACUUUUGCCCCCAGUGCAGCCCCUCUGCAUGAGGUCUGACUAGCAAUUUAGAGGCCCGAGGCUUCUGGGUCCUAGCGACGGGGCUGGUAUGGCCCUGGGGGGCGGUACAUGUCAGUCCAACCCCGAACAGGGGGCCCCUUAGCAAGCAGCUGGAGAAUGGGCCAUUCGGAACAUUGGACAGAAACCCAAAGAGCAAAAUUGUCAGAAUUGGAAAAUACAAACAGAUUGGCUUGAGAUCCAAAAGACUUCUGAGGCACCCUAAAUUAUCUGCCCAUUCUUCUGGAUACCCACCCACUCAGUAUUUUUUGCCUCUGUGGGCUGGGUACUCCUGGGGCGCUUGUCCCUGCCCUCUGUGUCCCCAAUUUUGCAGCUCUCUCCGAGGUCACCACUCUCUUGGCCCGGGCACCUAUCUGGCCUCCUGUGUCUUGGUGUGGCCCUCCAUCUUGUCUCUUCCCUGUGUCCCUACUCCCACACUGUCUUCAGUGGGACCCGCCUCUUGGGUCCCUCCUUUUACAUCAUGUGAAGACCCCCACACGUCGGACACCCAUUGUCACCUGUGCCGCUGUGUCAAUCCAUCUUGCCGCGGCUGUGUCCACCUCAACUUAACUCCUUUAACAUGCUCGUAUUUCUGGCACAACCCAGUGCUUGGGCUUUGUCUUUAACUUGUUAAUGCUUGCAAACCAAAUAAAUCACUAAAAUCACUAUA